GCCUACCGAUAGGUGGCAGUGUGAUGAUUUUUACUAAACGUAGAAGAAAACGUCGCUUACUGGAGAUGAUUAUGUGUUUGUUUUUAGUUGCAAAACAGCUUCAAAUAGGGUCUUUUUUGAAACUCCCAAAUGGUGUCAUUGAGCAUUUUGCGAACAGUAGGUUCAUUCCGGACGCUGUCGCUCACAAUCCGGCUCGUCACGAGUGAACCGGCCGUUUUCAAAGCUGUUAUAUGUCCAGCAAGCUGUUCGGUUGUUGGCUUGGCUAAGGACACUUGGAGCAGCAGGUCCCUCAGAGCCAUUGGGAAGCAAAGACAGUUGGCUUGCAACCUAAGUAACGUCACGACAAUCAGGAGGUGCAGCACAUGCAAUGUUCCAAUUAACUGUUGGAAGUGUAAAGAACCUUUUGACACAAGCCCAACAUUCUUCUGCUCGUCCUGUAAAAUAGUCCAGCCUCCUAAUGAGGCAGUAUCCUUCUUCAGCAUCAUGGACUGUGAGGACACAUUUGCACUGGACAUGCACAAACUGCAGAAAAGAUACUUGCAUCUCCAACGCUCCCUACAUCCAGACAACUUCAGCCAGAAAUCUGCGGAAGAACAGGAGUAUUCUGCACACCAGUCGGCGCUUGUCAACAAAGCCUACUCGACUCUGCUCAAGCCUUUGAGUCGCGGCCUUUAUCUGCUGGAGCUGAAGGGGAUGCGCAUCGACGAAGGCACGGAUUCAGGGGUGGAUACCGAGUUUCUGCUGGAGCUGAUGGAGAUCAAUGAAGCCCUCGAACAGGCGCAGACUCCAGAGGAAACCGAUAAGAUCAGCCAGGACACCAAAUGGAAACUGAAAGGCCUGACAGCGAAGAUAGAUGACGCCCUGCGUGCAGGCAGGAGAGCUCCAAGAUGCCAAGGAGUUGCUUGCCCAAAUGAAAUACUUCUCCAAUAUUGAAGAGAAAGUCAAGGAAAAACUUUCUGGAUUCAUGUGAUCCACCCCCCCCAUCAUUGUGACACUUUGAAAAGAUUUGUACUGAGGCAUCAUGAUGACUUUUGCACCGCUGUACAUGCAGCGUUCAUAAAUGUGGACGGACCUUAAACCAAAGUGCUUCUCAA